CGAUAUUGAUGUUCUAUGGGGAAGUAGUAUAGAUAUCCGAACGGAAACAGUGCCCUUCCCGCUCGCUGUACCUAGACAGGGUCUUCACAGCUUAGCGUCUUUAGCAUGAACGCCGAUCAGGCAGCACAGGCAGCACAGCUGCCGCGUCGAAUUAUCAAGGAGACUCAAAAACUACUUAGCGAGCCAGCACCGGGCAUCAGCGCCUCGCCGUCAGAGGAAAACCUUCGCUACUUCAAUGUGAUGAUACUAGGCCCUCAGCAGUCUCCCUACGAGGGCGGUGUCUUUAAGCUGGAGCUUUUCCUUCCCGAGGACUAUCCCAUGGCGCCCCCGAAAGUGCGCUUCCUGACCAAGAUUUACCAUCCCAACAUUGACAAGCUUGGCCGCAUUUGUCUGGACAUUUUGAAAGACAAGUGGUCCCCGGCACUCCAGAUUCGCACCGUGUUGCUCAGCAUUCAAGCUUUGUUGUCGGCACCGAACCCUGAUGACCCGCUGGCUGACAACGUUGCAAAGCAUUGGAAGGAGAACGAGAAGGAGGCCAUUGCAACAGCUCGCCAAUGGACUUCGAUGUACGCCCAGGGCUAAGGGCGUGAACGUAAACAGGGGCAGGCGGCAGGUGGCCCUUAGGAGGCAGACUGAGAGUGGGUUGAUGAACCUUAAAUGUUAGGCUUUGAUGGGGAUCCUGGUGGUGCUGCCGUCUGGUGCGGUUCCGUGGUUUGCCACCCGGAGCAUUUUUUGGCAUCUACGUUCUCUUGGGUAUCCAUUGUAGCGUUUUAGGGAGGUGAACUUGGUUUGCUUCUUGUGAGUCCUUAAAACUCACGAAUUUAGGACGUUUAGUGGUGCCGGGGCAAUGCAGGAUGUGGCGUACAUAGGAUAGAGACUGGACGUGCGGCAAAAGCACCAUGUUUACGGUGUGACAUGGAAUUAUUGUUAUGUUACGAAACUGAGACAGUUGGCUGCCGCUUGGAAGCGCGGCCCUACAGCGGCUGGACGCAACCGUGUAACAAGGGUACGGGAUG